GUAUACCAGACUCUAUCAACACACCCAGUUUGUCAGGCUCUUACACGACAUUAAAUCCUCAAAAUGUCUCAAGCAAAACUCGACAAAUUCUCUACUUUCUUCGAUAACUGUGAUACUAGCGGUAACGGUGAGCUGACCAUUCAGGAGCUCGCACACGGACUGCAGACGCAAUGUAACUGUAAGAAGUCGGAUGAUCAAAUUGCGGAGAUGUUUCUUGGUACUGACUCUAACAAUGAUAAAAAGAUUACCAAGGCCGAAUUCCUCAACGAAUGCGUUGAAAAAUUACCAAGAAAAGAAGCCAUACGCUGUCAUCUAAAUCUGUUCUUCAAAGAAAAAGAUUCCGAUAACAGUGGACUUCUAGAAGCUGAUGAAGUUAAAGAAAUUUUGUUGGCUGAAGCCGAUGGUGAUGAGAUCACUCCAGAAUAUGUGGAUUCCGUUAUAGCCAAGGCUGAUACCAGUGGCGAUGGAAAAGUCUCCUUGGAAGAGCUUAACAAUUUGUUAUCGGAGGAUUAAAUUUUCUUUUGUUAUUUUGAAUUCAUUUUGCAGUCGAAUUAAAAUUAGACCAAACUUUUUUUCCUUAUCCUUAGCGUUUGUUUGUUCUCAACCACACAGUUUCAAGGAAUUAUAAAGAGAUUUUGAAAUUAGAAUGAUGUAAAUUGAUGAUAUCAGUAUCUCUGAUACACAUAAACAAUUUAGAAAACCUCUUUACAAUCUCUUUAACAAGAACCACAGACAUCUGAUUGAAAAUUAGAAUGGUGUAAAUUGAUGCUAUCAGUGUCUCUGAUACACAUAAAAAUUAGAAAACCUCUUUACAAUCCCUUUAUGCAGUGAUUCCCUAACGAAAUAAACGGAUCGAAACGUUGUUCUAAUUUUAAUUAGACUGACAAUUUUUUUGUAUUGUUUUAUUAUUCAAAGUAUAAUCAAUAAUAUUAAAAUUGCAUUUUGUCUGUUGUCAUGGAAACGCACUUACUCAUCCGAGUGUACACAUAAGUGACGCUAUUGUAAAUUUAGGGCAGUUAUCUGGACGCACGCAAGUUGUCAACGCCAUCCACAGACAACACCAGUAUUGAAAUCUUUACGCAUAAUUUGAACAAGGCUUUUUUCUUGCCAUUUUGGUUGUUUCCAUUUAAAUUUCGAGCCAAUUUUUUUUCAUAUUCGAAUUUGAAUUUUUUAUAUGAAUCUCGGAUAUAAAUUGUUAUUUCGAAUCGUCUUCUGUAGAAUAGAUUAAAUUGAUAAAGAUAUGAACUUUUGCUUUAAA